AUGUUUGUCGCAGCCUCUCGCCGUCUCGCACCCUCGGUUAUCUCAUGCUCCCGCCGCCACUUGGCGACGGCAGCUUCAGCUCGGCCGCGGACUGCCAUCGUGACGGGUGCGGCUCGGGGAAUCGGCAAAGCCAUCGCCCUGCGCCUGGCCCGCGACGGCUACGACAUCUGCGUCAACGACCUGCCGGUGCUGCAGGCCGAGGCCGAGUCGGUCGCAAGCGAGAUAAGCAAGCUGGAGGGGCGGCGAGCGUGCGUGGCGGUCGGCGACGUGUCGGACGCGGCGCAGGUGCAGGACGUGGUGGCGACCAGCGUGCGGCGGCUGGGGCCGCUCGACACCAUGGUGGCCAACGCGGGCAUGGCGCGCGUCAAGGCGCUCCUCGAGUGCGAGGCGGGCGAGUUUGAGCAGAUCUUCCGCGUCAACGUCGGCGGCGUGCACAACUGCUUCGCGGCGGCGGCGCGGCAGCUCAUCGCGCAGGGCGAGUGCACGCCCGACAGGCCGGGGAAGCUGCUCGCGGCCUCGUCGGUCGCGGGCUUCCGGUCCAUGGCGCUCAUGGGCCCCUACGGCGCCACCAAGUUCGCCGUCAGGGGCCUCGUGCAGGCCUACGCGCUCGAGAUGGGCCCGCACCACAUCACCGCCAACGCCUACGGUCCCGGCAUCAUCGGGACCGACAUGUGGGGCUUGAUCGAUCGGGAGCUGGCCAAGGUGGCCGGUGGCGAGCUGAAGGCCGGCGAGAUGAUGCGGAAGGUCGCCGAGGGUAAUAUUGCCCUGGGCAGGACCGGUGUGGCGGACGACGUGACGGGGUUGGUCAGCUUCUUGGCCGGCAAGGAUUCGAACUACAUCACGGGCCAGACGCAGAUUGUUGACGGGGGGCUGUUCCUUACGUAA